AUGAAUUCUUAAAAAUCACAAGAAUGUGAAGGUUUCAGGUUGAUAGAUGUUGAUAGUUCGUACAAGAAGAUAAAGGAAUUUUAGGAGAGUUAAGAAUUGAUUAAUUUGGAUGAUUCAUGCAUUUAGAAGAUGGCUCAAAAUGACGAAUGGAUUGAUUGUUUAUGUAUUUUGGAAAUAGAAUUAAAAGCAAUAUUGUUGGACAGAGUUAACAACAUAUCCAUUUUGCCGCAAUAUUUGAGACAAAGAUUAUAACCAUUCAUUAUAUUUAUUAUGAACUAAAUAGUAUUUAUUCAGAAUCGAAUGAAGUUACAAUGUUAUCUAAAUGAGAUUCUAUUUUUGGUUUAGAAAUUGGCAUUCAAAAUAUGGAAACAAUAUCCUAUUUAAUCGCUUCAAUUCUUUUAUUUGGUGAUUCCAUCACAUGUUACCUAAUUUUACAACAGUCGAGUAUCGGAAUUAUUAAUUUAUAAAUCUCUCAUCAAUCAGUUCUAUUAUGAGAGACAGGUUUACGGCAUCUAAAACUAAGCUGAGAGUUACAUUAGCAAUUCUCAAAUACAAUUAUUUUACCCUCUUCAAUAGGAGAUUCUCAGUCAACGCAACUUAGCCGAGAAUGUGCUUAGUUUUUCACCAUUUUUACGUAUGCAAAUUCAUUACUUUUAUAAGAAUGGUGGUUUUGAACGUAUAAAUGAAUCUUUAUCUAAUUUCACUCUCAAACAUAUAGAUGCCUUAUCUCUUUUAAGUUAUUUUAAAACUAAUAUCAAUGAAAAAAUAUUUACGACUUUCUUUCAACACAUUAACUAUUAAUAAGUUGCCUUUUAAUUGUGUGAUGAAGAUAUUAAAAAUGCGAGCAAAGAAACAUUCGCAAAAUUUAAUGCAUACAUCGCAAACCUAAUAUCAUUCGUUACUUCCUUUUCAGAGCAAAAGGCUUAGAUAAAUCUAGUGUAUAUGACUAUUUAUUUGCAAUGCCUCCGUUGUUCUUCACUCCAGAAACGUAUAUAUGGAUUGCAAUCACUGUCCAACAUGAUCGACACACAGGGAAGUUAUAUUCAGUAUUCGUAGGUGACCAGAAACUUCUUGAAAUUCCUUGUGGAUAAUCAAGUGUUCUAGGAUUUAUUCGGAGAGAAAACCCAUUUUGAAUUGAUCAAACGAUCCUUCCCUCUAAUUAAACUCCUUUAUGAGAAUAAAAGUUUAAAAAGAGAGGAAUUAAUUAGUAUUCUCAGAUUGGCCAGAGGUAAACAUGAGACCUGGAUUAAUAUAAUUUCAACCUUAUUAUAGGAUCUUGCAGAAAUAUUAAAUUUGGAAGAUAUUCAGAUCUUGUUGCAAAAUAUCCAGUCCAACUAAAUCGGUUUGGAUGGUCUCAAUUUCAUAAAGAGUUUGGGUCGAAACAAAUACCUAAACAACAGGUAAGAUGCCCAAGACUCCAAUGUCACUGAUAAUAAGUAUAAAAAAUAAAAGCUUACUGAUGAAGAUUACAAGGUGAUAUCAGUUGGGAAUUGUGAAGAUUCUAAAAAUUAAUGCUAGUCUGAUUAACAGAAUGCCUAACAAUAAACAACCUAAUAUGAAGACAUUAAGGCCUAAAUUGUGGAAUACCUAUUAAAUGUGGUUCAUGAUCAACAUGAUACCAUCAUAGGUGAGACAGCAUUUGAGAUUGCCACUUAACUAAUUUGCCGUCAAUUCACAUUUCUGAGAAUCUAAUAUUUGAUGAAUGCAAUACAGGCGUUGAAUUUGGAUUAAGCUCAAUUGCCUAUCCAGAAUUACUUUAAUUUGAUAAAAAAAAUCAUUGAAUCCUCCUAUCCGAUUGAGCAAUUCUCCAAUCCGGAUGAUGUGUUGAAUUGGAUGUAGUAAUAGUAUAAUUUAAAAAUCAACUUUUUGAAUUUGAUAAAAAGAGAAAAAUUAAAGUAUCUUUAUAGAGAGGAAAAAGAAUACUUGUAGGUGAUUAUUCAAUGUGUUAAUUUCUAUAAAUUUUUACAUAAGAAUAGUAAAAUUAAACAAUAUGAAUUAUAGAUACUAUGGAAAUUGCUAGUUGAAAAUGCAAGAUGUUUGGAGGAGAGAGACUUGUUUUUCGACUGGUUCUAUGAAUAACUAAAUUUAGAUUAUGAUGCAAUGAUGUGGUUAUUCAUCAAAAUAAUCAAAUAAAUUCCAUUGUCAUAAUCAAUGCUUAGAUGUUUAAUAAAAUUGGUUCUGUAUUACAAUCAAAAAUACAAGUUAUUUAAAGUGAAAUAUGAGAACUAUCAAUUAAAUAACUACGAUCUGAUAGGUCUUAACAUAUUGUGGAGGAUAUUUCACACUCACCCUGAUUUGUACAAUCAACUCUCCGAAUUCUUCAUUAAACUAUUAAAGAUGGAUCAAUACCCUGAUGUGCUCAAUCAUUUGAAACAGCAAUAUCUAGAUGAACUCUUUUCACACAUCCAAAAUCCCACUUCUAUCUAAUUUGUUCUACAACUAUUGGAAGAGUUUGAAGGAUACAAGAUGAUUGAAUAAGAAGAGAAGAUUAUUGUAACAAUCCUUAACAAGUGUGCAAAUGCCUUGAAUCCCAAAAAAUAGGAAAUCUAAUUGCAAUCUAAUACACAGGUUUAUUAGGCUAAACAAUUCAUAGGAAAGAAAUUGAACCCUUCGAUGAAACCAGAAGAAUUUGAUAUCUUUUGCAGAGGCUCCUUGUUCAAAGACAAUAAGACCCUCAAAGAUUACAAGGUGAACGAGAAGUUAACCUUCACCGUCACAAAUAAAUAGGGUUUCAAUAACGACUUUGAACCUUGUGAACAAUAUGACUUAGAUGUCCAUGAGAAAGUGAAUAAGAUUCUAGACAUUGUCGACAUUCAGAACAAAAACUUUAUCAUAUCAGUUUUGAAGGAUAAGAACUUUGAUGUAGAAAAUACCAUAGGAGAACUCAUUGACCGAGGCGAUUAAUUAUAUAAUGAGUAUCAAUAGAAGAAUCUGAAUAGAGCACCACCUCCAAAAAAAAUAGAAACCAACACUUCGUUUUCUUUUCUAAUUUCAAAUUAAUAUAUAGAUUAAUUAUUCAACUUAUUGAAUUGCAACAACCAACAAUUGAAUACUAAAAUAUGGAGUAUCUUGCAAAUGAUUCCCAGUAAUCAGGAAGUAUAUUAAUUAAUUGAAUAAUCACAGAAUGAUUGGAGUAAGUUGUUAGUUGUUGAUAACAAAUAUCGAUUACAAUAUCAUUUACAAAUAUUAAGGGAAUAAUUGUCAUGUGAUUGUGUAGAAGAUGAAGAUAAUUACAGAAUAUUGAGAUAUAAUUUCAUAUAAAUUGGUGGUUUACAACUGUUAUUGAACAAUCUUGAUAACCCAUUAGAAAUAUUACUCAUAAUAUUUUAUAUAUUUCAUAUGUAUUUGAAUAUUUAUGCUGCCAAUUAACUCACAGACAAUAGUUAUUUGAUGCUUCUUAAACCAAAAACCAAUGAUCAAGUUAUGAGUAAUUUUGCUUCCUAGGACAUCAUUCAAGACUAUUAGUCUUAAUCAUUAUUUAAAUUUUAAAUUUUUGAUAUUGAGAUCAACUGGGAGAAUUUAUUGAAUAAAUUAUUCAAUUGGAUAGGUAUUGAACGAUGCUACACCACUAUACUCAGUAUACUAUUUGUUUAACCUACUUUAUUGAAUUGCUAAUUUCCAAUUAAUUAAUUGCUAAAUUUAUUGAAUAAUCCUUUGUUGGAACAACGUAAAUUGGCAGCAAAUUUCAUAGUCACAUUAAAUGAUCUUGGCAUUAAAUUUGGAUACAACUUGAGCGUUCAAUUUCUGCCAAUAUUGAUUUAAGGACAGACUGAAUACGAAGAAUUAUUCAUAGUUAUUGCAGAUUUAAUUGAUUAAACAAACGACGUGUCCUUUUUGUAAACUCAGGAAUUGGGUUUGAAAAUCAUAAAUUUCAUUUUGAAUAGGCCAAUAAUUGAAUCACCAUUUAUGGAGAACGAAGAUAAAGUAUUAUAAGGUAAUUUAGUGUUGCUGAUAUCUUUGUUGAAGAAGGAUUAAGACUUAUAAAAUAAUCUAAUUGAUAAUCAAUUUUCUAAAUAUAUUUAUGAGUGUUUGUUUGAAAUGCACAACAAUUAUUUACUCUACCCAGUGUAUAAGAGGAGUAAUACAAGGAAGAGAGCUUUCGAUUUAUUGUUAGAGUUAAGCAAAGUCUAAAUGCAUCUCUAUUAAAUACUAGAUCUAAUUCAAAUCAAUCAGCAAACCAGAACAAGUUCUCAAGAAUUAAAUUCAGAAUUUGGCAUCAAAAGAGAACAUGGAUUUGUAGGUCUCUGCAACUUAGGAGCGACUUGCUAUAUCAAUUCGUUACUUUAGCAAUUGUUUAUGAAUAUCCAAUUUCGAAAAGGUAUUUUGAAUGGGCAAAUUCUCAUCAAGACUGAGCUUGGAAUGUAACUCAUAAUAACAAAUUACGCUAAUCAAGAGCAGAUCGAAAGUUUGAAUGAACACACCUUAUUCCAGUUGUAAUUGGUAUUCAUUUAACUCUAAGAAUCAGUCAAGCAAUACAUCAAUCCCAACUAGUUUAUUAAGACACUCAAAGGCUUUGAUGGUUAAUAGAUCAACCCUCUGAUUCAGGAGGAUUGCAAUGAAUUCUUUAAUUUGUUAACUGGAAAGUUAGAAUAGGAUUUGAAGCAUACUGUCGAAUAGAAUCUCAUACAACAGAGUUUUGGAGGUACUUUGGUAAAUGAAAUCAAGUCAUUGGAAUCUGAUUGUGACUUUUCGAAGGAAACAGAAGAGCCCUUUUUGACUGUUUCUGUUGAGAUCAAAAAUAAAAAGAGUUUGUAUGAGGCAUUGGACUUGUUUGUAAAAUCUGAUGUUUUGGAUGGGGAAAAUCAAUACUUUUGUGAUGAAGUCUAACGUAAAAUCGAUGCAGAAAAGAGAUGUUACUUCACAAAGUUACCCAAAACUUUCAUUUUCCAUCUUAAACGAUUUGAAUUUGAUUUCAAUACCAACACUCGUAGCAAGAUAAAUGAUUAUUGGGAAUUCCCCUUAGAACUCAAUAUGUUCAAAUGGACUCGUGAUAAUAUUGUUGAACAUCAAUAAUUGGAGGAUUUCACAGAGUAUAUGUAUGUUUUGAAGGGUGUUCUUGUUCACACAGGAAGUGCUGAAGGAGGCCAUUACUUCUCCUACAUUAGAGAUGGUAAAAAUCAAUGGUUUGAAUUCAAUGAUAAGUUGAUCACUCCCUUUGAUACUCAGAACUUGAAGGAGAAAUGCUUUGGAGGCAAUCAAAGUAAUGAGUGGGGAAUACCUAAUAGCAAGAAUGCCUAUAUGUUGUUUUAUGAGAAAGAGAAGUAGGCUAAUUAGUAGAAGAUCAACCAAAACAAAAUAGAAAUCGAGAGUGAGGAUGAGGAUAUUAACAUAGAACAGUUGAGAAAGUAGGUUAUCAAGUAGAAUACACAGUAUUUAGAAAACAAAUUGUUGAAUGCUCAAGAAUAUGUGAGUUUUGUUUAGAGACUGGUGUAAGUAGGUAUGGAGAGUAACUAAAUUCAAUCACUUGCACAAUUGCUUCAAUUGUUCACCAUCUUCACUUUCUCAUAGUUUUUGAAGAACAAGGACAUCUAGUAAUUUUAGAAUAGCCUCAAAAUUCUCAACAACUCCUAUAAUCAAAACAAUUCAACAUGUGUAUGGUUACUUGAUUAUUUUAGAUUCAACAAGGAAAUGUUGAUUCACAGUUUAAUUGAACAUCAAUUAGUUGAAAUUGCUUAAUUCUUGAAUUUAGUGAUUGAAUAAGCUGGUGCAUAUGAUUCAUCGAGUAUAUAGCCAUUCUUUUAGUUUUAUCUAAGUGAAUUGCUACCCAUUGCAAGUAAAAAUCAUAAGAAUGGAGUUUACUAUUUUGAGGUGAUCAGUUAUAAUAUCGAUAGACAUGAAGCUUUGCUCAAUUUGUUAAUGCAGGAUGGUUACUUCCAUAAGUUUUAUGAAAUACUAAUAGAUAAAUUGAAAUCAAAUUCUCCCUCAAAUUAUUUGUUAAAGGAGGAUUCUAUGAUCCUAAUUUGCGAAAUAUUGGGUAAGAUAAUUAGAUACUGUUAGACAGUUGGCAUGUUAUCGAACCAAGACUGUCCAACCUAUUUGCAUAAGGGAUCAGUAAUGUUUGAGUUAGAUCAAUUGUGGAUUGAAGAAUUGUUUUAGUAGAAUCACUUUAGAAAGUACAUCUUAUCCAUGGUUAAACAUCAAAAGCAAUUGAUUUAGAUGAUCAAACAUAUUUGUUGGAAUGACCAAGGUGUCAGUAACAAAGUCAUUUAGGAAAUUCUGAUUCAAAUAUUGGACAAUGACAAUUCAUGGUCUUCAUUGGAGAAGAUAAGGGAGGUCUUAAAGGAAAUCCUGCUUAUGGAGGAUGGAUUGCAAUAGACUAGAAUCAUAUUGAUAUUCUCAUAUGACUAAAGUGGUGAAUCGAAAACCGCUAGAGCCAAUACAUUAAUAGAGAUCAUAUCGAAAGACGAUCUGGAUUACACGAUAGGAAUUAUCUGCAUGUUAGCUGAACUGGGUUUUAAUGUGGUUGCUUUGGCUGAAUAUUUGAAUUCAAACAAGGGGGAUUAUGAGUUCCUAUUGUACAAAUUAAAGGAUAUCAUGACUAUUUCAUAGCGCUUUUUUUAUCCAAUUGUGUAGAUCCGAAAAGCCAUUGAAUAGUUGCAAAGCAUUUUCUAAACACAGGUUGAGAUCAAUGUUGAAGAUGACAAUCGACGAUAAUCGGAUGAGGAAUCGAAAUGCUUAAGUACUCAAGUGCAAUAAGAUUUGGAAGAUACUAAUCAAAUUUCAUAAUGA